AUGCUCGAGUCAGAGCCGGGGCUUGUCGUCGACCACGGCUGGGUCCUCUACGCCGCCUCCUGGCCGCUAUUUGGCAUCUGCUUCCUGAUCAUCUCCCUCCGCCUCUGGGUUCGCGCGCACAUGGUCCGCUCCCUUGGCUGGGACGACGCGUUCAUGAUCCUCGCGUUUCUCUGUGCAGCGAUCAACACCAUACUCGUCACAAUCAGUGUUCAAUAUGGCACCGGCCGGCACGCCUCUAACCUCACUGAAUACCAACAGAGCCAGUCAAUAAAAUACCAGGUUCUGUCGGCCGGGUUCCAUGUCAUGAGCACCAACUGGGGCAAGGUUUCUGUGGCAUUAUUCUUAAUACGGAUUAUCUCAGAGGUCAAGAACCAUAAGCUGGGGAUGUAUGCGCUCAUUAUCGUCAUGACCAUAAUCAAUACCGGUGCCGUCAUAACGAUCUUCGCCCAAUGCCAGCCGACAGCGGCGAUCUGGGACCACAGCCUUGCUGGGCCACAGGCUUGCUGGCCCCCAGAUACGCAGAAGAAGUAUUCUUUCUUUCAGGCUGCUGCAUCAGCGCUUACCGACCUUAUCCUCGCGAUAUACCCCCUCUUCACAAUCAAAGAUCUCCAAAUGCCAACCAAAGUCAAGCUCGGCUUAGGAUUUGUCCUAUCGCUCGGCCUCGUUGCAAUGGUGGCCGCGAUCAUUAAAGCAACGCACCUUCCCGACAUGGCCUCUUACGAAGACUAUACCUGGGACACCAUAAACCUCACAAUCUGGGUCUCACUCGAACAGUAUCUCAUCAUCCUAGCCGCGUGCAUCCCAGCCCUGACGCCCCUGUUCAAUAUCAUCGUCCGCCGCGCCUCCAACAGAUCGAAAUCAAAAUCCAAAUCAAUGCCGAAUGAUUUGCUUAAGGGUGAUAGUGUUACAGUACAAAGCUUAUCACGCAAGCAUAAACACGGCAGCCGAAGCAGAGGCCGUAGCAGAGACUUCGCACUGACACUCGACUCCAACAGCUCACAGCACCAGCAAUACAACCCAUUUGCAAGAGUAGGAAGAGAGUACGUCGAGUAUCCGCUUACCUGGACGACAACGACGAUGCACACUGCGACGGAUUUGCACCAUCCUGCGGAUGGGAGUGACAGUGAAACACCGAUUUCAGGGUUUCAUGAAGAGCCUGAGAUGCCGACGGGGAUUCUGCGCACGACGGAUUUUCGUCUCGAGGCUGUUUCGAACUCUAGGAAUUCCGCUGUGCGGUGGCAGAUUGCUAAACCCAUCCUACAGGAUAACUAA